AUGUCAGUUAUUAAUAAUGACAUCUGCCGCUUAGAUACGCAGCUGGACCAGAUAAAGCAGGAAAUCAACGACUCAUACUUUACCUCACUGGAGAUCCAUAAACAUACGCAUGUCUUGGACACCGAUUCAGAGCAUAUAUCUGAUUUAGAAAAUGUUAUCAGCUCUCUCUCCGUGCCCUCCAAGUCCCGACCGGUGCUUCCUCCUGAGCAUAUUGUGGAAUUGACUUUGAAGCUCUUCCGUCAACCGGAUGAACCAUAUGGGCUGCUUUCGGCUACGUUCACGGACCGUGAACUAGAACUCACGUGGCUGGCAGUUACGAAAGCUACCGUACAGACUCUAGGGGUGAUCUUGAGGUCUCUCCUAGAUCGAAGUCUGCUCCUCAGCGAUGAAAUCUCUUACUGGGACACAAUCCUGGGAUCGUAUUGGCACAUCGGUGUUUAUACACUUCAAACAUCACCUUUCCGGAUUUGGCGCAUGUUGGUAAAGCCUCGCCCUAGCAGAAAUGAUAGUGGUGCUAAGGCAAGGUUUCCUACAUUUGCCUCAGUCCAAUGGUCACAUCUCUACGAGUCCAUACAGAGAUGCUUCUCUGCAGGAAACUUGCAUGCUCUACAAGCAAACGUACUGUCACCGUUUGUAGCAGCCAAGUCUGAGAUAAGGCGGAAGCGGGAAAGGCUGAAUGUAAUGAGGGACCUCAAUGCCCAUGGUAUAGGGCUCCUCAUGAGAGAGUGUUUCCCUGGUCAAGCAAACGGCGAUGAUUGUAACUGGGCAAGGUGCAUUUCCGCCGAUGAUUACUGGCGUAAGACGGUAUGUAGAAGUGUGAUCCUGAUGGGGACAUUUCUGCAAAAGUUGUCGAUUGACAGUGAUAUUCUUGAUUCUGGGGAAGACGUUCUUUCGGCUACUAACAAGGAUUUUGCGUGUCUCCAAACAGAGUCUGAUGGCAAGCGCUCCAUUCGAACACCAGAACUAGUCACCAAGCAACUCCAUGAUAUACUGCUUAGGCUCCUUCCUGCCCACAACACCCUUGCAUCAACAACCAUUGACAAGCACCGGCGCCCGUCGCGUCUGGUGCGAUACUGGCUUCCAUUAUCGAUGCUGUUCCUAACAGCUAGUACAUCUUUUAAGGUUCUGAAGAAUCAUCGCCAUCAAAUCAUCAAAUGGGUUGCUAGUGGCGUGGAAACUACAUUUGAAUUUUGGAGCAAUUGGGUUUUUGAUCCAAUUCAAAGGCUCAUUGGAACUAUAAGGCAUGAUGAGAGAAGCGAGAUUGCCUUGAUGAGCAAGAACAGCUUAGAGGCUGAUCGGGCAAGCUUAGAACGAAUGGUAGUCGACUUCAUCCUUGAUCGUGGCGAACCGAAGCCCGAUAAUUAUGUGCUUGAUAUCAGUUCUAUCGCAAACAAGGUUAGGGAGGGAGAUCUAACACCAGUACUGAGAGCGUACGAAAAAGAUCUACGGACCCCCUUUGUCGGAACUGUACGAGGUGACCUUGUACGAGCACUCUUGAUCCAAAUCCAGAAGACGAAGGUAGAUGUCGAGAUCGCAAUUGGCGGUAUUGACGCUUUGCUGAAAAGCCAGGAACUCGUUUUCGGAUUCGUUGGCCUCACACCCGGUAUACUGGUCUCAUACGCAUCUCUUCGAUGGUUCUGGGGUCUUUUUGACAAUAGAAAGGGUCUGAGAAUGGGUAGGCGGCAGGAUGAAUUAAGACAUGCACUGCGGAGUGCUCAUCGAACUUUGACAUCGCCUACCCCUGCGCAUACUGGCGUGCUCGCAUACAGGGAUCAUGGUCUUUUGAUCUGCGAUGCCGAGAUUUUGCUUAAGAAAGCAGAAACUCUUCUGAGGGGGGCAGAGCUCCGCGCCUUUAGAGAAGAUGUGGCUGACCUCAUUAACCAGAGAAUGGUUGUGCGGCAGCUUGAAAUUGUUGGCAGAAUGCGCUGGGUCUACUCGAAAUGGAUGCAAUGAUGGAGUUCUGGGGACACAGUAACUACAUUGUUG